AUGCAGAACAGGAGCCAUGUCAUUGUUCGAUUGGCUGUACAUUUAGAAGGUAGACAUAAUGUUUUUUUCAGGUCCGGUGAACUGAUACAACAGGUCGAACGAGCAAGAUUUCGAGACACCAACCUUACCGCAUACUUCCGCCUGAACGCAACGGAUCCAAAGGCUCGACAAUACCUGUACCACGAAGUGCCCAAUCACUAUUGUUGGAAUGUUUCAACAUGCACUUGGACUAGGAGAAGAACAAACACUGGCGACCGGGUCAUAGGUCGAAUGUAUUCGGUAAGUCCGUUAGACCGCGAGCGUUUCUACCUUCGUUUGUUGCUUGUACAUAGGCGGGGCUGUGUGUCGUUCGCCGACGUGAAGACUGUUGACGGCGUGCUUCAUCCCAGUUACGAAGCAGCCGCGACGGCACUUGGGUUGCUCGAAGAUGAUACGGCGUGGAGCCGCUGUCUGGCAGAGGCCUGCCAACACACGACACUCCACGUCAAGUUCGGGCCCUCUUCACAAUCAUCUGCGUGUACUGUUUGCCGACCAAUCCGCUGGGACUUUACAAUGGUGUUGAGGAACAUUUGA